AUGCAGCCUAUGAAUCUAAAGGAGACUAUGGACAACGUUUUCAAUACCGCGAAUCUCAAUAUCAAGAAACGCAAGGGUUACGUUAAGAAAGUAAAAGUCGUAGACAAGCAUCAGGUAAAUCGAGACACUGUCACAUCAAGUGAGACGACAAUUACGACAAUAAAGACUGAACCGGUAUCUGUUGCUACCACUUCAUCAUAUUUUGAAUUGGAGACGACAGAAAGACCUAAUGUGCAUCGGGGGAAAUGUCUCUACCAGUCUCGCAAAUGCGAGAAGGAACGGGCUAUCAAACGCAAUGGCAAACCUCAUAACUUGUGUGAAGAACAUCGGACUAAGCAGAACCAGCACCAACGCAAGUUUGAUGCAAAGAAGUUCUUAAGGAAGAGACAACGAGACAACGUGUCGUACGAAGACUCCGAACUGGGUAGAGGCAUAUUACGAUUGCGUCGAAAUGAUGAGCCGAUUGUUAAACGAUAUCGGGUUAUGGCAAACCAAGAGGCGGAGACGAAAACGUCGAGUGCGGAAACCAAUUCACAAGCUACGGCACCAAUGGUAGCACCAAUGAGAAGGAAUUACCCUACGAUAUAUGCUACGGAAGCCACGCCAGUGUCUGCUGGCAUGACGAGGUUGCCGCUAAUUCCUAGUCCUCGACGGACAUCGUUGGAAACUAUGUACGGGGCUGUGAGACCGGGCGUCAUUCCUGACGCGCAGCUUCGUGGCCACGUAGGGUUUUCAGGUUAUCGACGUGAAGCCGGCGGUCAGUCCUUACGUGUUAGCCAUCGUCCAAAUUUGCAGCAGCAAGAUGCUCAACGUCUGGUUGGAUAUACACAAUCGGAGCUGGCAGCUGCUAGUACUUUGACUCAGUCACAGCCUUUUCGACUCGGUGCUACGCUCUCAACAUCGGGUAGUUAUAAAAAGAAUUGUUUGCAGCAAGGCCGAGUCUGGGAGCGAUGGCGUCUCCACGACUUCUUCCAUCGCUGCUUGUUCCUCCUUCAGCUGCGAUUUCACCAAAUCCAUACCCCCGAGUCAGCGGUAUUGUGUCAUAUCCCGCCCAACGCUUUGCAUCCGUGGCGGGCGUUUCGUUCUGCUCAGCUAGAGCAGAAGGAAAGCCGCUUCCGCCUUUAG